UAGACGGUGAUUGCAUCGACAACCUCGCAGCCAUGGACCUUGAAGUGGAAUCCGCAGACAUAAUUCGUCUGAUCAUGCAAUAUCUCAAGGAGAAUAAUCUCCACCGCACUCUGGCGACGCUCCAAGAGGAGACGACCGUGUCUCUCCAUACAGUUGACAGCAUCGACAGCUUCAUUGCGGACAUAAACAACGGGCAGUGGGAUAUAGUGCUGCUCGCAAUCCAAUAUCUGAAACUUCCUGACAAGCUGCUCAUUGAUCUCUAUGAACAGAUUGUGUUGGAGAUGAUUGAGUUGGGGGAGCUGGGAGCAGCCCAGUGCUUACUAAAACAAACAGAUCCCAUGAUCAUGCUGAAGCACACGCAACCUGAGCGUUACUCACACCUGGAGACUCUUCUCACCCAACCAUACUUUGAUUUACAAGCGGCAUAUCCAGUGGGCAGCAGCAAAGAGAAGCGCAGACUGGCUAUCUCUCAAGCUUUUGCCGGAGAGGUCUGUUUGGUGCCACCCUCUCGUCUCAUGGCUCUGCUGGGCCAGGGUCGUAUAUGUGAGGGGGCUCUAUACAGGUUACAGGAGACCAAAGCACUAAGGCAGUUUGGCUCAUUAGCAAUGCUGUCUCUGAAGUGGCAGCAGCAUCAGGGACUCUUGCCUCCAGGUAUGUCAUUGGAGCUGUUCCGGGGAAAAGGUGCAUUGAAGGACAUGGAGGAAGAGCGCUUCCCUACUCAGCUCAGUCGCCUCAUAAAGUUUGGGCCAAAGUCCCAUGUAGAGUGUGCUCGAUUCUCUCCUGAUGGACAGUACUUGAUUACUGGAUCUGUUGAUGGUUUCAUCGAGAUCUGGAACUUCAGCACUGGUCAAAUUAGGAAGGAUCUGAAGUACCAAGCUCAGGAUAAUUUCAUGAUGAUGGAUGAGGCUGUGCUGUGUCUGGCAGUCAGUCACGACUCAGACAUAAUCGCCUCUGGAGCACAGGAUGGGAAGAUACAGAUUUGGAGAAUUCACAAUGGGCAAUGUCUACGCAGAUUCGAGCGAGCCCACAGCAAAGCGGUCACCUGUCUCUGUUUCAACAAGGACAGCAGCCAAAUAUUAAGUUCCUCCUUUGACCAGAUCAUCAGACUCCAUGGUUUGAAAUCAGGAAAGACACUGAAGGAGUUUAGAGGCCAUACCUCUUACGUAAAUGACGUUAUCUUCUCACACGAUGGCCACCAUGUCAUUAGUGCAUCGGCGGAUGGCACAGUAAAGAUCUGGAACAUGAAGACAAUGGAUUGUACCCACACAAUAGAAACACCUGACAUUCCUGAGGGUAAAGACAUCACUGUUAACAAUGUUGUGCUCGUUCCGAAGACCCCUGAGCACUUUGUGGUGUGCAACAGGACCAACACGGUGGUUGUUACGAACAUUCAUGGCCAGGUUAUGAGGAGUUUUUGUUCAGGCAUAAGAGAGAAGGCAGACUUUGUGUGCUGCACGUUGUCUCCGCGUGGAGAGUGGAUUUAUUGCGUGGGAGAGGACUAUGUGCUGUACUGCUUCAGCACCAUCACGGGCAAGCUGGAGAGAACCCUCACGGUACAUGAAAAAGAUGUGAUUGGCAUAACUCACCACCCCCAUCAAAAUCUCAUCGCCACUUACAGUGAGGAUGGUCUGCUCAAGCUCUGGAAGCCCUGAAUCCCUUCCUGCAUGUUCUGGACUCUUUCACGUCUUAGAAACCAUGUUCUUGUUUUGUGGUAUCCUUGCAUACUACAUUUUUGUCUCUGCCUUUAAACGACUGCUCUGAAAUUGGUUUUCCACCGAAAGCUCUGUAUUCAGUAUUUAUCUUUUAGUUAAAAUUUUCCCCACUGUACCAUGAGGCUCAAAGUCAAACUUGGACCUCAGCAGUCAUGAGUUGCAGGACCUCUCCAUCGUCUGCAAUUAUCUGCAUCUAAUUUCCAAGUACUAACCCUUCAUCUCAAGUCUCUAGUGGGAAACAUAAAAACCCCCUGCAUGGAUGUAGUGGUCUAAUCCUAUUAUUAAGGGCUUUGUAGUAUUGUCUGUGAUAAUAUCUGCAUGCAAGAUUUAGCCCUAUCAAAAUUAAUAUGGUAAAUGUACUUGUUUUUUGCUGACCAUUGUUGGAGUUUCACAUCUUACUUGCAAUUUUACAGUAUAUGAUUUCUUUGAUCAAUGUGAGCAAAGACAAAUAUUCAGUGUACCUUCUCAGAAGUCUUGGAUUCUUACAUCUUUGUACUUGUGUACAUACAGAAUUCUGAUGUUUAGAAUUCAUAUGAUACAAUUUUGUUUUGAUACUAAUGGUUUAGUGUGUUUUAACACUUGACCCAGCAUAUCUACUUAUACUGCAUGCAAGUGAACACAUUAUGCAGAUAUUGCAAUACUGUAUGGGAGUUAUCUGUAUGGUUUGUAGUAUGAUAAUUACAGAUUAUUUUUAUUAAGGGUAUUCACAAUUUUUUUUUAAGAUUGGUAUAUGUUUUACAGUGUAAGUCUCAUAGUAUCUUACAGUGCUGGUAAAUAGUGUGCUAAUAUUGCUGCAGUUCAGUUCAAAUUUAGCAUGAAUAAGCCAUGACAGUCUUUUCAUUGGGUGUCAAUUGCUUGAUUUUUGCAGUAGAUAUCCAAUAAAGAUGUAGAUACAUUGAUACAAGAUCAUACAUCUUUUUGACUUGAUUGCGUACCCCUGCUCUAUACAGUGUGCCCAACAUCCAGUCGCCCAAACCAGAAAAAUACAAAAAAGGGACCAAAUGAAUAACAUUGUUACAUUUAAUUUAUAAAUAGAACUACAAAUGCAAAGUUAUUGGUCAUAAUUACACUUUUUACAAUUAUUCUUCAAAGACAGCACAGAUAAUAGCAUUAUCAUAUAAAAGACUUUUCUGCUGGGAGAAAUGAGACAAGAAAAACAAAAUAAUAGGGGGAAUCAUGAAUUUUCUGCAAAGUUAUACAAGUUGGCUGCAAAACACUUUAAAAAAAAAAUUAGUUUUAUUUUUUUUACAAUUUUGUCUAAGUUGAAUGUAAUUAUAAUUUAAUGAAUUAUAAUUAUCUUUAUAUAAUUUCAUUAUCUUAAAUUCAAAGACAAGUUACCAAAAAAGAUUUGAAUGUUUUCUCCACUGUUGAUUAAACUGUAAAAAAUGCAACUUAAAUAGGUUUCUUUAAAAAAAAAACAA